AGACGAACAAAUACGAUUCUGCUCCCUCUCGUCAUGCACGCGAAGAACGAUUUCUUAUCGAUAAGCUCGGGUGGUUCAGCCCUACGCGAGUCACAGCUCCAAAGUUCGUGAUCUUCAAUCCUCAGUGUCCAUAACGCCCAAACCAGUCUAACAAUCGCCAUGGCCGACGCGGACGAGGACGUAUCGCACCUGGGGACGCAGGAUGGAGCAGAGAAUGAUCCUACAGAAGAAACGCAGGACUUCCGCUUCCUUGACAAGCUAAUAGGCGGCCACGAUGUAGCGCACCUAACCCUACCCAAGCGCGGCGAGAAGGAUUUUGAGUCGCAUUCGACGAACCUGCAGCUUGACACACUCGAAGCCUCGCGGCGAGCCAUGCAUGGUGUCCUAUCGUGGCAGCGAACGCACACUCACAAGAACCAUAUUUUGGCUCAAUAUCACCCAGAUUCGAACACUGUCUGCGUAGAAAAAGUCAAGUCGCAGCAUUUCCAAACAAUUGGACGCUCAAAAGGCGGGAAAGAGUGGCUGCUGCCCGAAGAAGCGCUGUUCAUGAUCGAGAGAGGGAGCUUGGAUUGCAGGUGGCCUGUGAAGAAAGAGGAAGGAGACGAGCAAACUUACAAGACCGAAGACGGCGCGCCAAUGAGCCUGCAGGCGGCUUAUGCUGCGUUUAUUGGAUACGAAGAAGGCGUGGGCGGGAAGUUGACACUGGAAAUGUACAAUGUGUACGCCGGGUUAAAGAGAUCGGGUUACGUUGUCUUUCGCACAGGGACAUGGAACGACGAUCGUGCAGAUCUCGUGUUGCAAGAGUCGCAGGAGCAGUCGAGACCGAGUGUCUUCACACGCUUCUUCUCCGAGAUUUGGCGCCGGAUAAGCCAGCCCACCUACACCAUCGCACCUGCAAACCUUGCCUUCGGGCCACUCAUCAAACCGGGGUUAUACCGUAGCUACAGCGAUGUAUUCCGUCUUAUGCAGAUCAUCCCGACGCACGACCGCACAACGCCGCCAUCGUUCUCACUUCCUUCAGCUGCCGAUAACCCAUACCGCGUACAUUUCGAUGUCUACAGGACGACAUCGGGCUUCCGCAAGACUCAGCGAGGCACUCCCGACUUCCGCAUGUGCGUUAUCGAUGCCCGCGAAACGCCUAUCCCAACCGGCGCACAACUCAACGAUCUCUUCGCACAGCUGCCAGAAGACAGACCAAAGGCUGGCGCACAGUCCUUCCAAAGACUGAAACACGGGUGCAGGAACGUGGUCCUGGCUGUUGUUGACAAUGGAAUUCCCAGCUACAUUCGAGUCGCCGACGCCCCGUUCGACGAGGUCAAGAUUUACGAGCGAGCAGGUGCUUCCAGAGGCAAAGGUGGGAGAGGCGGCGGUAGGGGUCGGGGCAGAGGUCGAGGCAGGGGCAGGGGAAGGUGA